AUGUCAUCGAUAGUCGCGCCGUCGCCCGGGUCCUGCCUUUAUAUACCCGCCCCUCCGACGAGCACUCCCUCGCAUCUCACUACACUACCCCUCCUCAUCGCGAAAAUGGGUGUCCUCGACAUUGUCCCCGCCGGCGUGCUCACUGGCGACAACGUUCGCAAACUCUUCGAGUAUGCGAAGGACACCAGUUUGCGAUCCCGCCAUCGUGAGUACUCCCCCCUUCGCGCCUCCUUUGCCGCCUUAAUCUCCGACCUCGCGCAGAACGUCACCUCUUCUUCCGUCGCAAACGCCGUCCUCGAGGCCGCCCGCGACAUCAAGAGCCCCAUCAUCAUCCAGGUCUCCCAGGGCGGCGCCGCCUACUUCGCCGGCAAGGGCCUCGCCAACGACAAGCAGCAGGCCUCCAUCGCCGGGGCCGUCGCCGCCGCCCACCACAUCCGCCUCGUGGCCAAGGAGUACGGCGUGUACGUCAUUCUCGCGCACAAUCACAUGGCCUCCCCGCUGAUCGUGAUCGGCCGUCGCAGCCCCGUCGACGAGAACAUCGCCACCUGCGCAAAGUACUUCGCCCGCAUGGCGCCCCUCGGCCUCUGGCUCGAGAUGGAGAUCGGCAUCACCGGCGGCGAGGAGGACGGCGUCGACAACACCAGCGUCGACAACAGCAAGCUCUACACCCAGCCCGAGGACAUCUGGGACGUCUACUCCGCCCUCUCCAAGAUCGGCCCCAACUUCUCCAUCGCCGCCGCCUUCGGCAACGUCCACGGUGUCUACAAGCCCGGCAACGUCCGCCUCCACCCCGAGCUCCUCCAGAAGCACCAGGUCUACGCGAGGAGAAGCUCUCCAAGAAGAAGCCUCUGUGCGUUCCUCGUCUUCCACGGCGGCUCCGGCUCGACCAAGGACGAGAUCAAGACCGCCGUGCAGAACGGCGUCGUCAAGAUGAACGUCGACACCGACACGCAGUACGCGUACCUCGUCGGCAUCCGCGACUUUGUCCAGAACAAGAGCGGCUACCUCCAGAGCCAGGUCGGCAACCCCGAGGGCGCCGACAAGCCCAACAAGAAGUACUACGACCCCCGCGUCUGGGUCCGCGAGGGCGAGAAGACCCUCGUCGUCCGCGUCAAGGAGGCCUGCACCGACCUCGGCAACGUCAACCGGUUGUGA